GAGAUCGGUCGCGAUAAGAUUAUGCACCGCGGACGUCGCGCCGCGGCGAUCGGUCGCGCGAGACGGCGACGAUUAUCGGACUGUGUCGUCAUCAGUUAACCGCGCGUUUCGCGUCUCUCGGCGUCGCGAGGGUGCGUGCCGACGAGGGCUGGACUGCCAGCCGCAACUGCGACGCACGGGGAAGGAAAAGGGAAAGGAUAGAAAGUACAAAAGAAAAAAAAAAAAAACGGGGAACGAAAGAGCGCGCCGCCGCCUCGACGCCUCCGCCAUGAGGCUGGAGGAGAUGCCGUUGCGGCUGAGCUCCGACGAGCGGGACUUUGAAAUGGAUGACGACGAGACCGACUACCUGCUGCAGCCGUCCGAGGACAGCAUCAGACAGCUGACGUCGAGGCGACGGCGCAUCGCCAAUUGCUCCAAGUACCUGAAGAGCUGCCUCUGCGGAUGUUGUACUUGGAUGUGGAGGAGAUGCUGCAGAGAACGGGAAUUGAGAGCCAGAGUUAUUCAUAUUGGGCAACCUAUGCACGAAAAGUUUCCCACUAAUGUUAUAAGAAAUCAAAAAUACAACGUUGUUACUUUCUUGCCUUUGGUCCUCUUUCAGCAAUUCAAAUUCUUUUUGAAUUUAUACUUUCUCCUUAUGGCUAUAUCGCAAUUUAUACCAGACAUAAGAAUAGGAUACUUGUACACAUACUGGGGGCCACUGUGCUUUGUUUUAACUGUGACAAUUUUCCGCGAAGCUAUCGAUGAUUUUAGAAGAUACAAAAGAGAUAAAGAAGUUAAUGCACAAAAAUAUUAUAGACUAGUGAAAGGUUUUGAUACCCCGGAAUUAGUACCAAGUUCCAAAUUACGUGUGGGUGACUUGGUUAUAGUAGAGAAGGGUCAAAGAGUACCGGCCGAUUUAGUAUUAUUACGCACAACCGAGAAAUCUGGCGCCUGUUUCGUACGGACCGAUCAGUUGGAUGGGGAAACGGAUUGGAAAUUAAGAUUAGCAGUGCCUGCAACGCAAAAAUUGGAAAGCAAUUCUCAGUUGUUUGAUAUUAAAGCCAGUUUAUAUGUUGAGAAACCUCAGAAAGAUAUACAUAGUUUCAUCGGCACUUUUUCAAGGUAUGACGGAUACAGCAGUGAAGAAAGCUUAGGUGUAGACAAUACGUUAUGGGCGAACACAGCUGUGGCAUCUGGUUCCGCCCUUGGUAUCGUCGUUUAUACUGGUCAGGAAACGCGAUCAUUAAUGAAUCAUUCAGAAAUCAGAUCGAAAGUUGGUUUACUUGAUCAAGAAAUUAAUCAAUUAACUAAGGUACUAUUUUGUGCAGUAAUAGGACUUGCGCUUGUAAUGAUGUGCUUGAAAGGCUUUAACGGACCAUGGUAUCGUUACAUGUUCCGCUUUGUUCUGUUGUUUUCCUACAUCAUACCGAUCAGUUUGAGAGUAAAUCUGGAUAUGGGCAAAGCGUUUUAUGCGUGGUGCAUUCAACGAGAUAAGGAUAUUGCCGGUACAGUUGUGAGAACAACUACCAUUCCGGAAGAACUUGGACGUAUAUCAUAUUUGCUAAGCGAUAAGACCGGAACGUUGACACAGAAUAAAAUGGUGUUUAAGAAGUUACAUUUGGGCACUAUAUCUUACGGUCAAGAGACGUUCGACGAAGUGACAUCAGUAUUAAAGACUUAUUAUCCGACUGAUAUGGAGAACUCGCCGGUGAAACCAGCGCUGUCUGUACACAGCGGGAAAGUGCGAAGAUCCGAGAAUACCCGAAUUUAUGAUGCUGUGCACGCUCUUGCUCUGUGCCACAAUGUAACUCCGGUAUAUGACGAGGUAAAUAAAUCCUCGAAUUUAGACUCUGUAAGCGUGCAGACGGUGGAAACCGGAGAUACAGGUUCUAUCCAAAGUCAAACGGAAGCGGAUCAACAUUACUAUUUGCCGGAACAGAAACGUAAUUACCAAGCUUCGAGUCCAGAUGAAGUAGCCUUGGUGAAAUGGACGGAGGAGAUAGGAUUGGCUCUGAUCAAACGGGACCUAAACUCGAUGCAAUUGAAGACUCUGAAUGGUCAAAUAUUAAAUUACACUAUACUGCAAAUAUUCCCUUUUACAUCAGAGACCAAGCGAAUGGGAAUAAUCGUAAGGGAAGAGUCCAGUUCUGAGAUCAUAUUUUAUUUGAAAGGUGCUGAUGUUGUAAUGUCUGGCAUUGUACAAUAUAAUGAUUGGUUGGAAGAAGUGUGCGAAAACAUGGCACGUGAAGGUCUCAGAACGUUGGUUGUAGCAAAGAAAAAUCUGACCGAAGAUCAGUACCUCGAUUUUGAAGCAAGAUACAACGCGGCGCGAAUGAGCGUUAGCGAUCGUGUAUCGAGGGUUGCUGCAGUCGUGGAAAGUCUCGAGAGAGAAAUGGAAUUAUUAUGCGUGACCGGUGUCGAGGACAGAUUGCAAGACAGAGUGAGGCCUACACUGGAACUCUUGAGGAACGCCGGAAUCAAGAUAUGGAUGCUGACUGGUGAUAAAUUAGAGACCGCAACGUGUAUAGCAAAAUCUUCACGGCUCGUCUCGCGCACUCAAGGCCUGCAUGUCUUCAAAUCUGUCGUGACGCGUACCGACGCCCACCUAGAACUGAAUACGUUUCGUAAGAAGCAAGAUUGUGCCUUAGUUAUCAGCGGUGAUUCUCUGGAAGUAUGCUUACAAUAUUACGAGCAGGAAUUUCUGGAACUCGCUUGCGGUUCGCCCGCCGUCGUUUGUUGCCGAUGCUCUCCCACGCAGAAAGCUGAAGUUGUCAGUCUCAUACAAAGACACACUGGCAAAAGAACGGCAGCUGUCGGCGAUGGUGGUAACGAUGUCUCCAUGAUACAAGCUGCGGAUGCUGGGAUUGGUCUUGAGGGUCUUGAAGGAAGACAAGCAUCAUUAGCUGCUGAUUUUUCAAUUUCUCAAUUUAGUCAUCUUGCUAAUUUAUUAUUAGUUCAUGGCAGAAGAAGUUAUAAACGAUCAGCUGCGUUAAGUCAGUUUGUUAUACAUCGUGGUCUGAUAAUCUCAACUAUGCAGGCUGUAUUUUCUGCAGUCUUUUAUUUGUCUUCGGUUGCUUUAUAUCAAGGUUUUCUUAUGGUAGGAUAUGCCACAAUAUACACAAUGUUUCCCGUCUUUUCGUUGGUAUUAGACAAAGAUGUAUCAGGAAAAAUAGCGCUUACUUAUCCAGAACUUUAUAAAGAGCUUAGUAAAGGUCGUUCGUUGUCAUAUAAAACUUUUUUUAUGUGGGUUUUGAUAAGUAUAUAUCAAGGAGGAGUAAUCAUGUAUGGUGCACUUAUAAUGUUCGAGGAUGAGUUCAUUCAUAUAGUAGCUAUAAGUUUUUCAGCGCUAGUUUUGACAGAAUUAAUAAUGGUUGCUUUAACCAUUAGAACUUGGCAUCAUAUAAUGAUGCUUGCUGAAAUCUUCUCUUUGGCGCUCUAUUUAUUAUCGUUAGUCGUCUUGAAGGAUUACUUCGAUGCUGAAUUUAUUAAAACAACGGACUUCUUAUGGAAAGUAUUGGUGAUAACGUUAGUCUCAUGUAUGCCGUUGUACAUUUUGAAGUUUUUGAGGAAGAAAUUUUCGCCUCCUAGUUACACGAAAUUAUCCUAAAAUCUUAUGCGAAAAUUGAUAACUUUGCAUCUGAAUGACAAAGGAGGAUGCAUCAAACAUCAGCUUAUAAAACAAAGAGAUGUAUAAAAAUUUUCUUUCGUUCUAUAAUGCCUUUAAUCCAAUCCAAAUAAUUACUUAGUUAAUUUUUUAAUAAGAAAAACUAUACGCACCAUUUUAUAGCAACCAACUAUUUUUGUAACAAUCAACUUUUACAACAUUGGUUCUAAGAGACUAAUGUAACAGAAAAUCCCUAUAUUAUCAAUAAAUAAAAACCGAUAAAAUUUCUUGUAUUAUAUUUGUAUCUGCAUACUGACUUGAAGAAAAUUGGAUUGGAUUGAACUUAUUAUCAAGCGAAAUUGAUUUUACUACUCUCCGUAAUGUUAAUUCUUCCUGCAAGCUUAUCUAUUACGCAUCUUUGCUUUAGAUUAAAUACAUGACCUUUUUUUAUACCUGAUUUUCUUAAAAUAUUUUUUGUUUGUAUAUUAAUUUAUUUUCGAAUGUAUUGCCAAAGGUCACAUCUUCCAUUUCAGUGCGUUUGUGCACACAUUGCAGCAUUUAUAUUCUAUUCUAUGUAUCGUUCAUUUUUUUAAACAUUCAUUAGAUAUGUUUCUCUAAUCAAGCACAACAGUAUUUCUCAUAUAUCUAUUCUAAAUCUUCAAGUAUCCGCAUAGAUUAAUACCAAUAAUCUUAAUUUAUAUGAUAAUAACUAAAUGCAUUUCACUUAAAAAUUGCUAGAAUUAAUACGAUUAAGGGCUAGAAUUUGAGUAGCAGAAAUAAAACUGUGAUUCUUGCGAACUAAAUCUAACCAUUUUUUUGCACUGAUGUUAUUACGUAAGAAGCUUUAUUUUUUCCCAAAACUAUUCGAACUAUUCAUUUUUCUUUAAUUUAUUCCUCAAAAAAAUUUCUAUACAAAGGGCAUAUCUUUUUUGUUAUCAUUUAUAUUCUUAACAUAUAAAUAAUUAUUGAAUUACAUAAUGUUUUAUAUUCAUGUAUAUAUUACAAGUAUGCAGAACAUAAUUAAUGUAAUCGUUAUUGUUAUCUCAUGUAAUGUAAAGUAUACCACAAAUAAUAUAGCUGUUUCUAGAGGACUAUUAUUUGCUAUGUAAUGUGUUUAUCAUUAAUUUAUUCGCAAAUAAAAUAAUAUAUUCCUUUUUCUGUGA